AUGAAGUCGGCAGCGUAUGCGUGCCUGGCCCUGCUGGCCGCACCGCUCGCGGCGGCGCAGAACGGCUACAUUGGCUACCAGCUCAACAAGCGCGGCGACAACGAGUCGGUCAACUACGAGACGGCCAACACGCCAGGCGUGGAACUGCCAGAGACACCCGACGUGUAUCUCAACGCCAAUGUGUCGGUCGGCGAGAUCUCGAUCGAGGUUGAGAACAUCACAGCCAAGAUCAACCUGGACGCCAAGGUGCUGAGCCUGCUGCACUUCACGGCGGGCGUGGACGUGUCGAUCGACAGCGUGUCGCUGCUGAUCCAGAACGUGAGCGCAAAGGUCGAGCUCGAGGCGCGGCUGGGCAACGUGGUGCAGAUGGUGAGCGACGUGCUCGACACCAUCGACCUCAACCCCAUCGUGGCGACGCUGGGCAACACGCUGGGCAACGUUGUGGGCAACGUGACGGACGUGCUCAACCCCGACCAGGGCGAUGCGGCCGGCACGGUCAGCAAGCGCGAGGUGCCCGCCGACUACAACCUGAAAAACAACAUCCUGUACUCGGUCAACGACUACUCGGGGGCGACACACAAGAACCGCAUCCUCGACCAGGACGGCAACAUUUUUGACAUGACGCUCGACAACAACGGAAACGAGCGCAGCCGCGAGAUUGUGGGCUCGUACCUUACCGACAUGGUCGCGACCGGCCACAGCCGCACCAUCACCAUUGACGGCGUGACCGAGUUCGAGGUCGGCUACCUCUACGCACCCUACCCGGGCCUUCGCGUCCAUGCUCUCAUCUUCACUACCCUGUCGGGCGAGGUCGUCAAGACAAAGUGCGUGGCCGAGGCCGAGGCCGGCGGCACAAGUACCAUCAGCGAGGACAACGACGACCGGGCAGAUCUGAAGCUGUAG